GUCGUUGUUUUGUAUAAAUGGAGAAAAUUUGAAGGAAUAAUUCAGUACCGAGAAAGUCAAGAUGCAGAGCCAACUUCUACUAGGCAUAUUAUUAGUAUCGUUUGUGCAUUCUGAUCUUUUGAUCGAUCUUCCGGACGGCACAAUUCGUGGGGUCGAGACCACAACCGACAACUACACAUACUACUCUUAUCGAGGGAUUCCAUUUGCAAAGCCUCCACUAGGAAAUUUACGGUUCCAUGCUCCAGUGCCAAACGAACCAUGGGACGGAAUUCUAGAUGCUACGGAGUACAAAAGUUGUUGCAUAUCGAUGACUCUUGCUCUAGAUGAGCCCCAGCAAAUUAACAGAGAAGCUACCAGUAAUGUUGUCGGUAUAUGGAGGCUCAUUUUCAACCGGAUGCGCUACCGCCAGUGUGUCGGACCCCUAUCCUCUUGUAGAAGAAGACGUCAUUGUGUUGGUCUGUAUGGUUUCCUCAGUACAAAUGACAGCGUGAUUUUGGGUAACGCUGGACUUAAGGACCAACUCUUGGCCAUGAAUUGGACCCAGAAAAACAUUGAAUUUUUUGGUGGCGAUCCAGACAAAGUGACGAUAUUUGGUGCAAGCGCAGGUGGUAUGUCCGUGGGAGCACAUAUCGCUAACAAAAAAUCGGCAGGAUUAUAUAGAGCUGCGAUUUGCCAAAGCGGUUGUUCGCUAUCCAGUUUGGCUUCCACAUCUCAACCUGAUCCGAAGCAAGUUGCGUACGACAUUGCCAGAUCUUUAAAUUCGUCUAUUUCCCAGGAUAGCGAAGAAAUCAGAGAUUUCCUGCAGAGUCAAUCGGCAAGUGUUUUGACUAAUGCUUACAAUGCAAAUCCGAAAACGGGACCAGUUCUAGAAGUUGAAGACGAGAAUGCGUAUGUAACGGAUCUUCAAUUCGGGUUGAUCGAAUCGGGCAACUUUAACCAAGUACCUCUCAUGAUAGGAACAACUGCCGGUGAAACACUCACAUUCGGUGCACUUGUGUGGCCCGAACUUAUAGCAGCUGCACUUAUUUUUGAUUUAAACCAGGGGUUGUUGAUACCCUAUAGCCUCAGGCUUUUGUCCGGUACCGAUUUGAGAGAAGUUGCAGGUUUGAUCAAACAAACCUACACCAAUAAUCAACCAUUUCAUUUAAAUUUGGCGUCAUUUGUUGAGUUUACUAGUGACAAUUAUUUUGUAAGACCGGCGCUCAAACAAGCGGAACUUCAAUCCAAUUACACUCCGGUAUAUUUUUACCAGUUUUCGUAUUCCGGGCCAGUAGGUCACUUCCAUGUAACAGUUGAUGGCGCUGGGAAAACGGGACACGGAGAAGAUAUAAUUUAUCUCGUUGACUUCCCCUUGUUUCAAUUAACCACAGAGGAGGAGUUUCUUACUAGAAGGAGAAUGGCCAGACUAUGGACCAACUUUGCAAAGACAUUGAAUCCGACUCCCGAUGAGACGGAUCCGCUCCUGAAUGUAACAUGGCCUCAAGUUUCGGGCUCAAAUAUUCCUUACCUGGAUAUAGAUAGCACUCUCGAGGUGAAGCCCGGUAAAAAGGCUAAAGAAAUGGCAAUGUGGAAUGAAGUUUUCUAUAAAUAUGGUCAGCAACCAUUCGCAGGCUUCUGAUUUUGAAACAGCAUAUAACAUAUAUAUUAUAUAUUAUCCUGAAAAAUAAGUUUAAU